GUUCUUGUGAUUUUGGGGGUGUCAUGUCACCUCCUGUUAAGUAUCGAGGCAUUAAUCACAUCUGAUCGUCAUUUUGUUUUUCGGUACCUACCAACAAUCUCAAAACCAGGCCAGGCCCCGAGUUAGGUGCUUCUGAGAAAUUCUUCUUUUCUCCUUUUGGCCAAAGUCUUUCAGAUGCAGUAAUGUCGACUCUACGAUGCACGCGGGACACACUCUGGCCAUUGCCAUGUGGGCCAUGACGGCGCUGUCUCUUGGACUCGUCGGCCUACGUCUGUACACCCGCAUACGAAUCGUUCGCUUUGUCGGCAUCGAGGACCACAUGUACGCAUGGACCGGAAUAUUCAUGCUCGUGUUUGCUGCGUGUAUUCAAGUCGCUGUUCAUUUUGGGUUGGGACGCAGCUUCUGGACUCUUUCUCCGGACGAGUCAUCGAGGGCCAUCUUCUGGACCUAUGUUGCCAACAGCUUCGCCAUCUCGGGAAACGCACUCGCCAAGCUCUGCAUGGGAUUUUUCUUAUUACGGGUUGUGCAGCUGAAGUGGCAGAAACUUUCGCUCUGGUUUCUGAUUGUUGUUACUGUCGGCACAUCGGUAACACUGGUGGUGAUGCUGUGGAACCAGACGACGCCAAGGAAGGCAAGUUGGGAUGUGCUGAGGACGCCUGGAGAGUGGAAUAUCCAGAUUCAACCCAUGAGUGUUGGGUUGGGAGGUUGGUCAAGCGCCUGUGAUUUCUUCUUCGCCAUCUUCCCUUGGCUCUUCAUCAUGUCCUUGAAGAUGCCGCGUCGGGAAAAGUUCCUUUUGGCCAGUGGCAUGAGCCUGGGUGUGAUUGCUGGUGCUUGUGGUGUUGUUAGAACCGUGGUGCUAUCCCAGUUAAAAAUCGAUGACUUUACCUUAAACUUUGCCCCUUAUUUCAUCUGGGCCGGCGCAGAGAUCACUGUCGCCUUGGUGUGCCUGGGCAUCCCAACCCUGCGACCCCUCUACCUGAAGCAACGAGGCAUCAGCACCAUCGGUUACGGCAACCACCAUCACACUGAGCAGAGCGACCCCGAACUGCCGCGCUUCACCAUGGUCGAUCAAAAGAAGAGGCCCGACCCAUCUCCGGAUCCAUCCCACAACGGCUUUGAAACCCCCGACCCCCGAAAUCUACACCUCUCUCAUAUCACAUUGGAGUCGCUGGCAUCGCCCCAACGACAGGAACUCGCCCAGCAGCAACAAACCACACCCAGCGUGACACCACAUAACACAGUAGAAACCCAAGGCCACCUCCGAGACUCUUCCUCAACAGGCUCAUCCCAUACAAUGGUAGACUCCACACUGGCCAGCCCUGAACUUGAACAACACCCCCUUUCUUACCCACACAUCCAUUCGAGAACGGCGGCGGCGGCCAUAGCACGACCACCAAACGCACAUAUCAAGGACCAACACAAAAGAGACCACAGCGGCGACACUGGCGAUAGCAUCACUGUCGAUGACAUUCUGGGUUUCUACGACAUCGAGGAGAAAAGCCAGAGCAAAACCAAACUUCCAAAUUACGACCAGACACAGCCACAACCACUUGGACCGCCACUCCACCAAUCAGCGAGUAUCAAGCGAAAAGAGCACCGGAUUACACAAGUAGAUUUCCUUUUAAAGAAUACAAGAAUGGGAGGCGGCAACGCCGAGGAGAGGCGUAUCAUUCGGCCGCAACAGAAUAUGAAUAGACCUUGGGAUGGAGAGGGUUGGCCAUUGAGGAACUGAGCAUGAUGAUAUGAUGGUUGUUGGACUUUGGACUUUUUUUUACUUCUCUUUGCGAUACCCCUUUUUGCAGAUUAUUUUUUCUCAUAUGAGCUGGAAUCUAUUGGAAUGGUGGAAAUGAAGAACUAUCUUUCUAAUACUCUCUGUUGCUGCUCACUUUACUCAUGGCUCAGCAGCUCCUCAAUAAUACUUUCAAUCUGCCCCAGGGAAUCCGCCUUGACGUUCUCCUCUUUAAUCUCCUUCACUCUCUGUCUAUACUUUUCAUCCCCCAACACCGUGUCAAUACCCUCCUUGACUUGCUCCACCGACGGGUUGGACACCCCCAAAUUAACCGCCACCCCUGCUCUCGCCGCCCGCUGGCAAACGUCCCCCUUGUCGGCGAUCAACCCCGCCAGCACCAUCGGCACCCCGUUCAUGAUCCCGUGCAUGAACCCGCCGUAACCAGCGUUGGAGACAAAGACAUCUGCAUGGGGAAGGAUGGCCUCAUAAGGGAAGUAAUCCACCAUUCUGACAUUCCUGGGUGUUUCCUCUUCUGGUAGGGGAUUCGGCUCCCCCUUUUCUCCCAGGGUAGCAACCACCAAGACAUCCUCCCUGUCAGCCAUUGCCUGAAUGACCGGGAUCACCAGCUCGUGGUAGGCGCGGUGGAUGGUACCCUGGGUGACGAAGACGACCUUUUUCUUUGCCGGGUCGGAGUCGGAAAGGGCGCUGUUGAGCGUGAGUUCCUCCCACCAAGGGGGGUAUACGAGGUUCUUGUCCAGCGCCCUGACGGGCAGCCCACCGACAAGACGGAAUUUUUUGGGGUCCUUGGUCACGUUUGGGUAUUCGAGCGAGGCGGUGGUGGCCAUGACGGUGACGUCCCCGCCGGUCAUGGCUACAUCAAGCGGCAGGUCGGUGAACCUUUUGGUGCACCCCAGCUCUUGGAGUUUUUGAUCGUAGUGAUCAAUCAGUGGCUUCCACGUCGUCUUGCCUCCUGCGUGCAUGGUCUUCCAGACUGCCUUGUUUUCAGGGGUGGGGUCGUACUUCAGACCAAGACCAAAGGGAGGAAAAUCGGGGUCGGAGCUGGUGUAGAUGCUCGUGUGCCAGUUUAUGGUCUUGGGGAGGGAGGUGUAACCCUUGGGUAAGGGGCAGCCGUAUUGAUACGGCAGCAAACCCUGAGACAACGCCUCGUGGACGAACAGAAUCUUCCGUGGCUCAGGAUGAGCGACGCGGAUGUCCUCGAGUGUCUUCCUCAAAACAUGAUACGACGGGACGAUGGCCUCCCCAAACACGGCUUUCAUUCCUUCGAAAAAGGCCUCGCCUUCGGUGGAGCCUUCUUGGACUUUGGGGACGUCGUACUCGAAGGGGUUUUUGAUGUAUUUUGCGCCAGUACUCUCGAUGAGGGGUUGGAAGCGGGGCCCGGUGAUGAAGUAGAUGUCUUUGUAGCCGCGGUUAAAGUGGAGGUGCUUUGCUAUCUGGGCCGCGCCAGCGGUAUGGCCUGAGGCGUUUAGGGUCAUGAAGAGAAGGACGGGCUUCUCAGGGGAGGUGAGAGGGGGGUGGCCGCUGGGGCUGGUGAGAUCUCGGGCGUCUCCCAUGUUGGUGGUUUGAUCAAGCAAGAUGUAGCUUGUUUGAGUUG